GAAAUGAAAAACAUUAUUUUUACAAAAAAUAAACAAAACUGUUUUUCUUAACUUUUUUUACAUAAAAUGCUGAGCUCGGUGCAAAUUCUUUUACCCUCAAUUUCGAACACAUCUGAUGUAAUUUAUUAUAAAGGUUAUGUCAAUUUUAAAAGUGAUACCAAAGUUACUAUUUAUUUCAUUAAAUUCUCAGAGAACAGUAAAACAAUAUUGGAAGAUAGUGAUAAAGAUAUGAAAAAUAUUAUUUACGGAUGUUAUUCGGAAGAUGGAAUCCACUCUUCUACAUUUAACAAAUCAAGAAAUUAUAACAAGUUAAUAAUUUCCAAUCAGUCUGGUGAACUAUACAUUAAAAAACUUUUCAUAAAUGGAAAUGCAAUUGAUGCUAAAGAUAAAUGCCUUAUUGUAUUUUACGACUUAAACACAAUUCGAGAAUCUGAAGUUGAAUGGGAAUAUAGUGAUGAAUUAUCCAAAUUGCAGCAAUUAGUAUUAUCUGAAAAUCGUCAGCCCGAAAGCCAGCCUUAUGAUGCCACAAAACUAUCAUGCCCGAUUUGGUUCUCCUCUUCCAUGUUUAUUCAACAUGUUAUCAACUAUUUCAAUGUUAUGAAAUGGCUUUUAAUUACUAUCAAAAGGGAUAAAAAAGUGUCAAUAAAGCAUGGUAACUUAAUGUGUGCAAUAUUGAUGGACCUUAUUUUAGGAUAUGUUAUAUUGCAAUAUCUUACACAGGACACAAAGGAGCUAAGCUCAAUACUCAUGGGGAUUUUAGAGAACCUUAUAAACAUACUUUAUUCUUUGCUGAAGUGGCUCAUGGGAGCACCAGCAGGAUUAAAAUUAAAUAAUGCUUUUACCAAAAUGCUUGGAAAAUGUUUUUCUUACCAUGUACAACUUUGGUGGCUAUUUUUAGAUGUAUCUGGUGAAAAACUGGAUAUUAUAUUACACUUAUUUUAUUAUUUGGGCUACUUGGGGCUUACAUUUCAAGCUGCAAUGAUAUCAGACAUGAUCUGUAUUGGAACAUUCCAUGCAUAUUGCAUUUAUGUAUAUGCUGCAAGAAUGUUUAAUAUGCAAAUAUCAGGCCUGAUUGCAUUGCUGAGGUUUUUUGUGGGAAGAAAAUAUAAUCCUCUAAGAAAAGGAAUUGAUUCAUGUGAAUAUACAAACCAGGAAUUAUUUGUUGGUACUGUAGCAUUUACAAUUAUGCUACUAUUAUUACCAACCACCCUAAUGUACUACAUUGUUUUCACUAUGUUUCGUGUAUUGUCUUUAUUGGUGGAGUAUGUUUUGGCUAAAUUUAUUUACCAAAUUCAAACUCUACCAUUAUAUGUGAGUGCCCUGUGGCUGAUACGUUCUCCUAAAGUAGCAGGUAACGUUUUACUGGAAGUAGUCAGCCAAGAAGAAGCUUCACCUUUCAGUAUUCAAUUAAAAUUGUUAAACAAAUCUUUAAUGUAUUUAGUAAAUAACUUCAAACCCCCAGUUGAUGAACCAAAAAAAGUAGUAUGGACCAGCUUUCUCUCAAAAGUAUUCAUUGGUGAACAAAUACUUUAAUAAAGUGUGUACCUACUUUAAUAAAUGAAACAAUUGUUUUUUA